AAAAAAGGGAACAAUAGUUAAACUGAUUAGUUGUUACUGAUGUCGACAGCACUCGCAAAAGCCCUUCAGGAAUGGGAGAUUCAGGAAAAAGAAUUCCAGAAGCUUCAGGAGACCCAUCGACUUUACUUGCAGAAGUUAGAUGAAGUCUCCAAACUUCAAAAGAACUUUGCAGCCUCCAUUUCUCGACAGAGAAAGAAUAUAAAGGAUACAUCCCAGUCUUUGAAGAAAUUCAGUAAAGGACUGACAGAGGAAGAGAAGAAUGCUGUGGAGGAGGUCAAAGGUCACAUUCAGGAUAUGCCAAACAAUUUAUUUCAAAUGGAGGCGUUUCUUCCAAAGAAAAAUGGGAUCUAUCUUAGCCUUGUUCUUGGCAGUGUGAAUGUCAACCUUCUGAGCAAAGAGUCCAAAGCUGAAUACAAAGAUGAGUAUGAAAGGUUCAAGCUCUAUGUGACCAUGAUUCUGUUCCUGCUGACCUUCAUGUGUCGCUUCUUCAUCAGUUACAGAGUCGUGGAUGCCCUUCUUAACUUCCUGUUGGUUUGGUACUAUUGCACCCUAACAAUCCGUGAAAGCAUCCUCAUCAGCAAUGGAUCCAGAAUUAAGGGCUGGUGGGUUAUCCAUCACUACAUUUCCACCUUUCUGUCUGGGGUCAUGCUAACCUGGCCAGAUGGUGAACCGUAUCAGUCAUUCAGGAACCAGUUUCUGGCCUAUUGUUUGUAUCAAAUCGUUGUACAAUGCCUUCAGUACUACUAUCAAAGUGGAUGUCUCUAUAGACUUAAAGCACUAGGGGAAAGACACAACUUGGACUUGACUGUUGAGGGAUUUCAGUCUUGGAUGUGGAGGGGACUAACAUUUCUUCUUCCCUUUCUCUUUUUGGGUCAAUUCUGGCAGCUUUGGAACAGUAUAUCACUUUUCAGGAUGGCUCGGCUCCCUGAGUGCAAAGAAUGGCAGGUGUCCAUGAUUGGCUUCUGCUUUCUGGUUCUGUUCAUGGGAAACUUUUUCACUACACUUGCAGUUGUCCAUCACAAGCGCAAGAACCAGGGAAAGACAAAGAUGCUGUGAAUUUUGUAACUUAAAUGUACAAAUUUAAAUGUAGACAAAAUACAUUUGUUUUUAAUUGAAGAAUUUACAUUCUA